AUGUCUGGAUUAUUGCCUAUCUCCACUUACAACUUGGCUUUAGAGCCCUUCAAUCCUCAGCCUGCUAUUGCUGAUGAGUUCCCCAUCACCAUCAGAAUUACUUUAGCUGCUGUUGAUCCUGAAGCUGUUGAUGACAAGGCCGAGCCUUCAACCUUGAGAUUGUUGAAGAGAAACAAUGCAUUCAUUGACGACGACGAAGACGAUUUCCUUGACGACAUGGCCGAAGAAGCUGACGAAUUGGACGAAGAUGAAGAGGACGAGGAAGAAGAGGAAGAAGUGAAGCCCAAGAAAGGUAAGAAGGUCAGCAAGAAGGCAGCCCAAGAGGAAGAUGAUGAAGACGAUGAUGAAGACGAUGAUGAAGACGAUGAAGAAGACGAUGAAGACGAUGAAGAAGACGAUGUUUCUGAAUUUGUUGUUUGUACUUUAUCACCAAAGGUUCAAUUCCAACAAACCAUUGACUUGACCAUCACUCCAGAUGAAGAAGUUUACUUUGUUGUUACUGGAUCUUACCCCAUCCACUUGACUGGUAACUACGUUGAGCACCCAGCUGAUGAGGACUCUGACGAUGAAGACUACUCCGACGAAGACGAAGACGACUACAACUUGACUCCAGAUGAGGAAGAGAUGUAUGAUUUGGAAGAAUUGGAUGAUGAAUCUGACGUUGAAAACAAGAUUGAAGAAUUGGUUGAAGAAGACGAAAAGAAGUCGUCAAAGAAGAGAAGCAACGACCAAGUUGAAGAGACAGCACCAAAGAAGAAGUCCAAGAAGGAAGAAAAGAAGUCUGUUCAAUUCUCUUCUAACUUAGAACAAGGACCAUCUGGAUCUACUGUUGUCAAGGAUGCUAAGAACUCCAAGAAAGAAGCCAAGAAAGAAGCCAAAAACUCCAAGAAGCAAGAAGCCGCUAAGAAUGACUCUCAGUCUGAAAAGAAGUACCCCACCAAGACCUUGUUGGGAGGAGUUGUCACCGAAGACAGAAAGGUUGGUAAAGGUACUACUGCUAAGAGUGGAAACAAAGUUGGUAUCAGAUACAUUGGUAAAUUAAAGAAUGGUACUGUUUUCGACAAGAACACCUCUGGUAAGCCAUUCACUUUUGGUUUAGGUAAGGGUGAAUGUAUCAAAGGUUUCGAUUUAGGUGUUACUGGUAUGGCUGUUGGAGGUGAAAGAAGAGUUGUUAUUCCUGCUAAGAUGGGCUACGGAUCUCAAGCUUUGCCAGGAAUUCCUGCUAACUCCGAAUUGACCUUUGACAUUAAGUUAGUUUCAUUAAAGUAA